CUUGGCAAUGCGUAGCCUGUGUAACGUUAGAGCGUUUGGUUCUGCUGACUACUUUGCCUAUAGUGUACUAACUUUGCCCCUACUUGUGAACUCCUCCUGCACGCUGGCCUUGCCGCGCCUGUGACCACAUCGAAACGUUUCGCUUCGUGGUGCACCCGAGGGCGUCGGCGCUGAAAACCCGGAAUUCUUGGCAGGGUAGUAAAAACGCAGCAUGUUUGCGCAGGUGCUGACACGAUGCCUGCAGACAUGCGCCUCGCUCCGGGCUGUGGAGAAGACGGCCCUCAUGGAGCUCCGCAAGAAGACUGGAUACACCUUCACCAAUUGCAAGAAGGCACUUGAGGCCACCAACAAUGACAUCAAGAAGGCUGAGAAGUGGCUCGCCGAGGAGGCCAAGAAGUACGGAUGGGCAAAGGCGACGCAGAUGCAAGGUCGCCAGACCAUGCAGGGCCUUGUUGCCAUCAAUGUGGAUGGGCCCUUUGCAGCCAUGGCUGAGGUGAACUGCGAGACAGACUUUGUGGCUCGGACCCCGGAGUUCCAAGCGUUUGUGGAACAGCUGGUGCGGUCAUGUACCAGCCACGCCAAGAAGCUGCCCUCCCUGGAAACUUCCAUCAUGAAAGUGCGGCUGGGCACCAAGGAGCUGGAGAAGCUGCGCAUCAAGGAUGGCCACACGGUGGAGGAGGCUCGAGCGUUAGCCGUUGGCAAGCUUGGCGAGCAGCUGGCCGUGCGACGAGCCCUGUGCCUGCGGGGCGAGGCGGGAACCACGCUGCUCGCUGGUUACUGCCACCCGCAGAAUAGCCAGAAUGCAACCAAGAAGUACCCCUGCUUCGGUCGGUACGGUGCCGUGGUGGCAUACCGGGACCUUGGCGAUAGUCCGCUGAGCGAGGAUGAGGUGGAGGAACUGGGGCGCCGCCUGUGCCAGCAGGUGGUGGCACUGAACCCAAAGUCAGUUGGCCUGCUAGAUGACUACCUGCUGUUCGAGAAGGAGGAGGAAAAGAGGAUCAAGGAGCAAGAGGAGAGGGAGAAGAAGGCCAAGGAAGAAGUGGCUCAGAAGAAGGAGCCAGAAGGCAGCCAAGCAGCAGAAGACAGCACACCAGCGUCGGAAGAGCAGGAACAGCCACCCAUGGAGGAAGAGGAGGAGGAGGAAAGCCGGCUACUGUUCCAGGACUAUGUUGUUGACCCCACCAUCAAGGUUGGCCAUUUGGUUGCUGAAAGCCGCAUUGACAUCAUGGACUUCGAACGUUAUGGGUGUGGUGAGAGCACUGAAAAGAAUGAGUAGCUCACACUGCCCAGCACCAACAUGCCAGCUACGUGUCUGUUCAGACCUGCACCAUUGCAUCGGCAUCUCGGAGCAUCAGCUUGCGCAAACCUUCUCUUGAUGGCAAUGUUGAAUGACGUCCAGAGCCUAAAGGUUUUGGUAGACAUUUCCCAUUUAGUGCCUUCUCUCUUCAACACUCACAGAAUCAGCUGCAGCAACACAAGGUUGGCAUGUGUCGAUGGCCACCACCCCGAAUGUUUCUUAUGAAGCGUGCAAAAGGGAUCGCUACUUGUUGCCUCUCACUACUGUAGCAACAGGCAGCAUUUGCGGCAGCUGUUGACAUCACAGGCUGCAUUUGUUUGUUGUGGGCAUGACUAAUGCAGCCGUACUUACUUCUAACAAAGGUGUCUUGAUACACUAGAGGGCAUAAUCCGGUGCCAUCUGGUGGCUGGUGAUGGAACUGAUGGAGUGAAAGGACAUCACGUGUAGCAGAAGACAUCUGAGAAAUGCCAGAGGACAUCUUUCAUCGCCACCUGGUGGCUGGUGAUGGAACUGGUGAAGUGAGAGGACAUGUUGUUUUGCAAAAGGCAUCUUAGAAACCCCAGAUGACAUCAUUUAGUGCCACCUGAUGGCUGGUAGUGGAACUGGCGGAGUGAGGUAUGCCUAUUUCAGGAGCUGUAGAUAUUGCAUGCAACUGUAAUACUUCAGUGCCACGAGAAAUAAUUGCGGUGCCACGGGAAGUAAUUGUGGUGCCACCUUGUGGCUGGGGGAAGAACUUGGAUAGAGCAAGGGGUGGCAGCACCGACAUGUUGCGCUCGCAAGUGGCAAGGUUGUGGCUUGCAUAGGUUUCUUGCAUCGUACCAGUGAUCUUGUAGUGUUGCAGCUCUUUUUGCCAACUUCACAAUGCAUUCUGGGCUGUGCUUUAUGCAUGUGUCACGUGUGGUGUGGAAUUUUUGCUAAUGUUAAACAAAUACCAUGUUGCUAGAACUAUAGUUCAUUUAUUAUGUAGUGAAUGAUCAAUUGCUCGCAAUAGUACUACUUUGCGCACAUCUGUCGUGGCACAUUAGCAUCAUUGUUUUCGUAUGUAAAGCUGUGUUGUGCAUGUUUCGGACACCUGCAACCAUUGCAGCAGUGUUUCUGAUCUGUAAUUCAUCUUGGAUGCCUUGCCUGGCAUCGGUAUUUUUUCGUUAUCUACGCUAUAUCUGCGAUUAUUUCGCCGUAUUUCUCGUCUGGUGUAUAAAUUAUAUACUCUCUUAUUUGAGCUUAAGCACUACAUGUUAUGUGCAGAAUGAUAUACCUUGACACUACGGGCCCAUCAUAUGUGCAUGCUGUAUCAUGUUGAGUAAUAAAUGAUGUUGCAGUCUGUUU